AGGAGAGCGAUACACACAGCGGCGCGGAGCAACCGGCUCCCGCUCCCGCGCGCCUUGGCCUGCGGGGCUGAGCACCCCUAGGGACCCCGAUCCCGGAGGGCGCAGCAGACACCGCCAGGAGCCUUUGCUGUCUCGUCCCUCGCCCCGCUCCGGCCUCUUCGGCAGGAGCCAUGAGCCAGAGGCAGGUCUUGCAAGUGUUUGAGCAGUACCAGAGGGCCCGGACCCAGUUCGUGCAGACGGUCGCGGAACUUGCCGCUCGGCCCCAGAACAUCGAGACCCUCCAAAACGCAGGUGUGAUGUCUUUGCUGAGGCCUCUUCUGCUGGAUGUGGUCCCAACUAUUCAACAGACGGCUGCUUUGGCUCUUGGGAGACUCGCCAAUUAUAAUGAUGACCUGGCAGAGGCAGUUGUUAAAGGAGACAUUCUUCCACAGCUCGUGUAUUCAUUGGCUGAGCAGAAUCGUUUUUAUAAGAAAGCAGCUGCAUUUGUGUUAAGAGCAGUUGGUAAACAUUCUCCUCAACUCGCCCAAGCAAUAGUUGAUUGUGGAGCACUGGAUACACUUGUGAUUUGCUUGGAAGAUUUUGACCCGGGAGUAAAGGAAGCUGCAGCUUGGGCACUUGGAUAUAUUGCAAGACAUAAUUCAGAACUGUCACAGGCUGUGGUGGAUGCAGGAGCUGUUCCUCUUUUAGUACUCUGCAUCCUGGAGCCAGAAAUUGCUUUGAAAAGGAUUGCUGCUUCAGCCCUCAGUGAUAUUUCAAAGCAUUCUCCAGAGUUAGCACAGACGGUAGUAGAUGCAGGGGCUAUUGCCCACUUAGCUCAGAUGAUCCUGAACCCUGAUGCUAAACUGAAGCGUCAGGUGCUUUCAGCUCUAAGCCAAAUAGCAAAGCAUUCUGUGGAUCUUGCAGAAAUGGUGGUUGAAGCAGAAAUUUUCCCAGUUGUACUCACAUGCCUGAAGGACUCGGAUGAAUAUGUUAAGAAAAAUGCUGCAACUUUAAUUAGAGAGAUAGCAAAGCAUACGCCUGAGCUUUCACAGCUUAUAGUUAAUGCAGGAGGAAUUGCUGCUGUGAUUGAUUGUGUUGGCAACUGCAAAGGAAAUGUCAGGCUGCCUGGCAUCAUGAUGCUUGGUUAUGUAGCAGCUCAUUCAGAGAAUCUGGCAAUGGCAGUGAUCAUCUCCAAGGGGGUGCCACAGCUGUCUAUCUGCUUGUCAGAAGAACAAGAAGAUCACAUUAAGGCAGCAGCUGCUUGGGCCUUGGGACAGAUUGGAAGACAUACUCCAGAGCAUGCACGUGCUAUUGCAGUAAUAAAUGUAUUACCAGUGCUGCUUUCCCUGUACAUGGAAACAGAAAGUUCAGAAGAUCUCCAAGUAAAAACUAAAAAGGCCUUAAAAAACAUCCUGCAGAAAUGUACAUAUCUGCCAGCACUUGAACCCUUGCUGCAUGAUGCUCCUCCCAAUAUUUUGAAAUACGUCAUUGGGCAGUUUAGUAAGGUGCUACCACAUGAUAGCAAAGCUCGGCGUCUCUUUGUAACAAGUGGUGGACUUAAAAAGGUUCAAGAGAUAAAAGCUGAGCCUGGGUCACUUCUUCAAGAGUACAUCAACACUAUUAACAACUGCUACCCAGAGGAAAUUGUAAGGUAUUAUUCUCCUGGAUAUUCUGAAGCACUUCUGGAAAGGGUGGAAAAUUAUCAACCUGUUCUAUAAACUCUUCAGUUUUUCUGUUUUUAAAGGCCUUAUUUCACAUUUGUACUUUUGUGAUAUUGCAAAUACAAUUUUGAAACUCUUGCCAGAUUCUGAAAUGCUCACCUUUCUGAACUAUUAAUCACCAUUAUAAAUUUGUUGUCAUUUUGAAGAAAUAAUCUUGACACCUUGAGGUAAGUUUAGAAAAGAGAUUCAGAAAAUAGAUUCUCCAAGUCAAGUGUUCAUUUUUUCCAAAAUCCAUAUCUUGCAGGGUGCUGAGGACUUUUAGGAUGUUAUUGUGAACUUUCUCUGACUCCUGUGUAGUCCAGCAAGCUGUAUUUUAUUAAUUAUAAAAUCAUUGCUUUCCAAA